AUGGCCAACAAACACACCAUUUGUUACUACCACCAUCCUGAUUUGGGCAAUUUUCAUUAUGGAGCUCAACAUCCGAUGAAACCUGCGAGAUUAGCUGCUACACAUAGUUUAGUGGUCAAUUAUGAGUUGCAUCGUCACAUGACUUGUUUGCUUCCUCCUAGGGCGACACAUCAUGAUUUGGCUAGAUUUCAUUCUCCAGAAUAUAUCCAAUUUUUAAAAAGAAUAUGCCCUUCUAAUGCUCUUCAUUAUGAGUCGUUGUUUCACAAAUUUAAUAUUGGGGAGGAUUGCCCUGUAUUUGACGGCAUUUUCGAUUUUUGUGCAUUAUAUACUGGUGGAACACUUGAAGGCGCAAUAAGGCUAAAUCACGGCCAAUCAGAUAUUGCAAUAAAUUGGAGUGGCGGCUUACAUCACGCAAAGAAGUCUGAAGCUUCUGGCUUUUGCUAUGUUAAUGAUAUUGUUAUUGGAAUUAUUGAAUUGCUUAAAUACUUUCCAAGGUUUUUUUUAAAUUUUAUUUUUUGUUUAAAACGCUUUAAAGACCUUGUAUAAUGUUGUUGAGUUAAUUUGGAUAAAUUAAAAAAUAUUUUUCCAUGAGCGGCAUCGAACCCACGACCCUUUAUGUUUCUAUUAAAUUGAGGAUUUUUGGAAUUUUUUGG